GAAGGCAACAGAGUCAGACACAACAUCAAGAACUAAGACAUGGUGGACCGGAGGACAGUAGAACCUGCCAGAACCCAGUAAAACCCAACAGUACCCAACAAAACCCAACAGAACCAAAUAGAACCUGGAGCAAAGGAGGAAGAAACCUGAGAGAAGACAGAAGAGCUGAGGACACACACAUACUGUGUGUCUUGAAGAGACAUUUGGAUUUAUUUGUCUUUGUUCUACAGAAAAAGAAGAAUAAGAUACCCACCUCCCUGUCCCCCCUCCCCCACCUCCAUCAUGCCUGUCCUCAAGAACCUCCCAGUGCGUCUGAAAGGCGGCGGUCCGACUCUCGAAAACGCUUGGAUUCUCCGCAGGAUGAGCCUCAACAUCACCCCACACCAUCACCACCACAACCCCUUCGACGACGACGGCAUCCGUGACAAUGGUGGCCACGACAACCAUUGGUCCCCCGGCAGCUCGCUUCUGGAUGGCGACGUGCCGAGAGACCGCAACCCGUUUGAGGACGAAGAGGACGAGAACGAGGCCAAUGAGGGGAAAAAGGGAAGCGGUGGUGGAGGCAGUGGCUCAGCGAAGGGCUCCUUCAAGUUCAAGUCACCGCUGAAGAGUCUGGGAAAGCUGGGGAAGUCACUGAGGUCGUCAGCGCGAAGCAAAGGAAAUACCACUCCAUCCCCACAGGGGACAGUGCAGGGAUCGCCUUCACCCGGAGAGAAGAAGAAGAGAGGGAGGCGGAGCUCGGAAGGAAGUUUGCUCAGGUUUGCAGGGAAAUAUCGCGACACCCUCAGCUCCUACAAAGAGUCGUUCAAUGGUGAGCUGAACUGUACGGAAAGUGAGUGCGACUCCACCAGCCGCCGUGUGUCCUUCAUGAAGAUGGUCGGCCGGGGGAAGCUGAAGAAGGAGUCGAUGGCUGACCGCACAUCGCAGGGUACCGAGGACCCGUCUGUACACGAGGUGGUGGUGGUGGAGGAGGUGAAGCCCAGGGAGCCACUGUCGGUCCUGGAGAUCCUGCAGCUGGUGAAAAAGCGGGACCUGCUUCUUGCUGACUCCCACAUCCUGGAACUGGAGCAAGAGUGCAACGAGUCUGCUGCGGCCGAGCGCGGUGCUGUGACACAACCCGAGGACACCACCAGCCCGAGCGUCAAAGACGGUGGGCGGAGGAAGGCGAAGGAUGUAGAGCUACUAUACGAGGAGCUGCAGAAAGAGCUGUGGGCCGUGGUCAGGGAGUCCCUGCGGUCCCCCACAGCUGGGCCCAACUUGGGCCUGGUGGUUCAGGUACUGCAGCAGGAGGAGCAGGCUGAUAAAGACUGGGCCGUCAGUUUGGGUGCGGGCCCUGGGGGCCCGAGGCCUCGGCAGCUGAAGCAGAGGUGGAAAGAGGCAAUUGAGGAGGCGGCUGACGGGUCGCUGCCUCAGAAAGCAGAGUUCACCGCCGGCGAGCUGGACGGCUACCUGAGUCGACUCAGAGCCCGUGUGGUGGAGGACCUGGGGGCUGCCAACAGAAACGUGGUGUCCAUUUACCCAGAAGAGUACCAGGCCUUCCAGGUGUACGUGCAGAGUUACCACCAGGCGGUCGCCAGGCGACUGGAGGCCAUAACUGACAACCAGCUGGAGGUCACAGACAUCUACUCACUUCUGGACUGGCUGCAUAACAUCUACGACAGGGAUGUUCUGGGCACUGUGUGCAUCACAAGUCCAUUCAACCGCGCACAGCUCAGUCCUCUGCUGCCUUCAGACACAGUAGACAGACUGGAGCUGGACUGUCUCAAUUCUGUCAGGGCAAAAGUGACUACAGAGCUCAGUCAGGUCCUGGACGAGGAGGAGAAGCGAUGGAUGGAGACACUGCACAUCGAGGAGUAUCACAUCACUCUGGCCCAGACCGUCAUCCAGAGGCUUCAGGUGGAUCUGGAGCGUUCGGCCACUAUAAACCGCAGUCUGGGCUCGAGAGUUGCUCAGUGCAGUCUCAAUGGCCUCGCUGACUUCCUCUACAGUUUCCAGCGUAAAGUGGAGAUGUUCCAUGAGGGGAUGCAGAGCGGGAUGUUCGGAGAAAACGAUGACGGAUACGUGUCCAAAACCAUCGCCCUGGUCAACUGCUGUCCUCCGUUCAGAGGUUUUGUGCAGCGCUGUGCUCAGUGUGAUCCGUCAGUCAGCGAGGACUCUCUGCGCCGAGCCAACAAAGCUCUGGAUCACAUCGUUCAGCAAGGAGUCAGAGUUCUGUCAGAGCGGCUGUACCUGACCAUCAGGCCUUUCUUCGAGCGUCUUGUGAAGAGGAAGUGGCUCGGUAACACAGAACCGUAUGAGCAGAUUGAAGCUCUUGUCAAAGAGCAUUUUAAGAAGUUCCACAGGAUGGACAGUCCUCCAUACCAGUUGCUGGUGGGGGAGGUUCACCGCCGCGUUGUGAUGGAGUACCUUCGCUCAGUCAUGCGAGGCCGCAUUAUCUGCACCUCGAUGAAGAUGAGGAAGAAGAUGGCUGGACGCCUCAGGGAGGAAGGCAAACAGAUCAAAGUCCUGUUCAAAGACCUGGAGUCUCCGUCCAGCUGGUUGGACAGUGCUCUGUCUCACAUCUCGGAGAUCAUCCAGCUGGAGGACGUCCCCUCCAUCCAGAUGGAAGUCGGAGUUUUGGUCCAAGAGUUUCCAGAUGUCAGAAAGAAACAUGUGUCAGCCAUUUUAAACAUCCGGGGGAUGACUCGGCAGACGGAGCGUCAAGAGAUCCUCAACAUUGUCAAGGACAUCGAGAGUGGCGAUGGCGGCACCAGCUUAGCACGAAUGUCACGCGACCGCGCCCUCUUCUCUGAGGUGCCCGUCACCUCCGAGGUCCACUGCCUGAAUGUAGGCCUGAGCCGCAUCGCCCUCACUGCGUCAUCCUUCUUUACAGCACUGCGACCGCGCCGUCGCAAAACCCGGACACCCAUACAGGAAAACCCCGAUGAUGUGCUCUGAUGAAGCGAUGGAGGAAAAUGUGGCUGUUUGAGUUCCAACAUGUCCUGCAGAAGGCUUUUAUUAGCAAAAAAAAAAAAUUGCUGUUUGAGUUCCAACAUGUCCUGCAGAAGGCUUUUAUUAGCAAAAAAAAAAAAUUGCUGUUUGAGUUCCAACAUGUCCUGCAGAAGGCUUUUAUUAGCAAAAAAAAAAAUUGAGUAAAUGAUUUAAAUGUCUAGAUCCUAGCUAAAGAUGGUAAUGUCAGUAAAAGUUUUAUUGAUUUGAAAUCAGAGAAAUUCUGGAAGCUUAUAUUGAUUCACUUUUAACCUGUGAAUUAAUUUCUUCAGUUGAAAUUCACUUUCAUAGUUACUGGUCACAACCAUUUAACAAUUUUAAUCUGGAUAAAAAAGGCAAUGCUGGCACCUUAGUGACCUGGAGGCUAAUACUAUUU